UUCUAUCAGAACUAGUGAAGACUAGACGGAGGGUGGACGUGCAUCCACUACACAGCGAGAUCAGACACCAACUAGUACUAGCUCAACAAGCUGUGCCUGUAGCCGCGUUGCGUCUUUCCUCUAACCCGAACCAACCAACUCUGAAUUCGCAUUAAAUAUGUCUAAUAUCGUUUGUUGUCAAACGCCUCAGGUUAUAAUGUAUGACCAACACAGAAUAAGUACAACUCUAUAGCCAACGGGAUCCCGAGGACUUGAUUACAGUCGCUUCAAGCCUGAUAGUUUGUCGGUGCGGCUGCUCCCCCUCUCCCUUCUGCUCACGCCCGUUUAGUCAACUGGCAUUUCUUCUAGCAACUUCCGAUCCCUCUCCUCAGAUGAAGAAGACUUGGGUUCCACUGUGAUCUCAGUCUACUUUGCCUAUUGCCUACCUUUGGUUCCUGUUCUACUUUCAGCAGUGGUGCUUCCCUGGAUUUGCAUUAUUCUGUAUUAGGUAUACUAUCAAAAAAUGAUUCCAAACGGUUAUUUGAUCUUUGAGGACGAGAGUUUCCUGGAUUCCACCGUGGCCAAAAUGAAUGCUCUGAGAAAGAGUGGUCAGUUCUGCGAUGUUAGACUGCAGGUGUGUGGUCAUGAGCUGAUGGCUCACCGUGCUGUUCUGGCUUGUUGCAGUCCCUACCUGUUUGAGAUCUUUAAUAGUGAUAAUGAGCCUCAUGGAGUCUCACAUGUCACUUUUGAGGACUUGGACCCGGAGGCUGUAGAGAUCUUGCUCAACUAUGCCUAUACUGCCCAGCUAAAGGCAGACAAGGAACUGGUCAAGGAAGUUUACUCUGCAGCCAAAAGGUUUAAGAUGGAGCGAGUCAAACAGAUUUGUGGCGACUACCUGCUGUCUAAAAUGGAUUCCCAGAACGCCAUCUCUUUUCGUAACUUUGCCAGCUCUAUGGGAGAUGCCAGAGUUUUGGCCAAGGUGGACUCCUUCAUCCAGGACCAUCUGCUGGAAGUGUCUGAACAGGAGGACUUCCUCAAACUUCCCCGCCUCAAGUUAGAAGUAAUGCUAGAAGACAACCUGACCCUGCCCAGUAAUGGCAAGCUCUACUCGAAGGUGCUCAACUGGGUGCAGCGUAGCCUGUGGGAAAAUGGAGACCAACUGGAACGACUUAUGGAGGAGGUGCAAAUGCUGUACUACUCACCUGACCAUAAGCUGGUGGAUGGAGGGCUGGUGAUUGAGGGGCACAGUGAGGUGUUUGGUGGCGAGGAGGACCACCUUCAGUUUGUGCAGAAGAAACCCGUACGGGAGAGCACCCAGAGACAGAUGAGCUGCAGCUCUUCAGGAAGCCUGUCACCCUCCAACCAAGCAGCAAAUGCCCCGAAACAGACUGCCAGGAGAGAGUGGAAGUACAUCGCCUCUGAGAAGACCACAAACAACAACUACCUGUGUCUGGCUGUGCUGGACAGUGUGUUGUGUGUGAUCUUCUUGCACGGUCGCAGCAGCCCUCAGACAUCUCCCUCUGCCACCCCCUGCCUGAUGAAGAGCCUCAGCUUCGAGGCCCAGCCCGAGGAGCUGGAGGAGCAACCGCUCUCACCCAUGCAUUAUGCUCGCUCUGGACUGGGCACUGCAGCCCUGAACGGAAGACUCAUCGCAGCAGGAGGCUACAAUAGAGAGGAGUGUCUGAGGACUGUGGAGUGUUAUGACCCCAAAGAGGACCGCUGGACCUUCAUCGCUCCCAUGCGGACUCCAAGGGCUCGAUUUCAGAUGGCUGUGCUCAUGGGUCAGCUGUACGUGAUUGGAGGCUCAAAUGGACAUUCUGACGAGCUGAGCUGCGGGGAGAGGUACGAUCCACACGCUGAUGAAUGGGCUCAAGUGCCAGAGCUGAGGACAAACCGCUGCAAUGCAGGUGUCUGCUCUCUGAACAACAAACUCUAUGUUGUGGGAGGGUCGGACCCCUGUGGGCAGAAGGGCUUGAAGAACUGUGAUGCCUUUGACCCUGUGACUAAAACCUGGUCCAACUGUGCCUCCCUUAACAUCAGGAGGCACCAGGCAGCGGUGUCUGAGUUGGAUGGCUUCAUGUACGUGAUUGGAGGGGCAGAGUCGUGGAACUGCCUGAACACUGUGGAACGCUACAACCCUGAGAACAACACCUGGACCCUGAUAGCCCCGAUGAAUGUGGCUCGCAGGGGCGCUGGCGUCGCUGUCCAUGCAGGCAAACUGUUUGUUGUUGGUGGCUUUGACGGCUCCCAUGCGCUCCGCUGUGUGGAGAUGUACGACCCCGCCCGCAAUGAGUGGAGGAUGCUGGGUAGUAUGACAUCUUCACGCAGCAAUGCAGGCGUGGCCAUGCUGGGCGAAACGAUCUAUGCUGUGGGCGGCUUCGAUGGCAACGAGUUCCUCAACACGAUGGAGAUGUACAACCCCGAGACGGACGAGUGGAACGACUGCACCAAGACCCUGUCUCCCCUCUCUGACUGAAGAGGGGGAAGACGGGGGACGUGGGAAGGAAGGGGUUGGGGAGUUUCAGUGCUUCACCUUUUUCCAAACUAACAGGCUUAGUGACGUAAUCGUGUUUUUGUGGUGUGUGACUGACUGAGUGAGUGAGCGAGCGUGCGUAUAAGCGAAUAUUUGGGGGGUGGGGUUGUUGUUGGGAUGAGGGGUCUUCAGUGAAGACUGGCUUAUAUUUGGCGCAUUGGGAAGUGGGGACAAAGGGGUUAUUGCCUGAAGCAACAUGACUCCUUUGCAUAUUGCAUACAAUGUUUUUGUGCUGUAUAUAUUUAGUUUCUUCCUCAUUUUUUUGUCAUAUGCCAACAUUUAAUACACAUUUAGUGCUUUUCUUUUUCUCAGAGUUGAAAGGUUUGUCACUUUCAUUGAGGGUUUUCAGAUGAGCUAGCAAUUAUUGGUCACUUGGAAGGUGGCAGUAUGGAGUGGUGACAAUUGGCUUUUGAAAGUUGAGUUUAUUUAACAAUAUUCCUGUUGUGGAAAUGUAAUUUUGCUCACAUACUUAAAGGUCAGUGAUUUGAAGCCUUACUCAGAGUGUGAGUUGAGAAACACCCGUCAUUUUAAACGAGCUGAAUUGCUUUUUGAAUCUUAAAUGAUGGCCUUUUUUUAUAUAUUUUUUAUACACUGCUGAUUUACCGAUUAAAAGUAGUAGCAGACAGCUAAAGUCAAUGAAUCUAACCAGUGCCAGUUUUAGUUUUUUUUUUUUUUUUUUUUUUUUUUUUUUUUAUUUUGUGCACACUCCACACAUGCACAACCAUGCUUCUGCUAACCAAACUUUUGUUAUUGUGAUUUAACUACUUGAUGUAUUUAGAGAUGCAGUUUACUGAAGAUCCUUUUUUUUCUUUUGUGUUUUAAAGUGUCAGGCAUUGGCAGAUUCUUCUGGAAGGAAUGUUAAAGCGAGAAAUUUCACAUUUGUAACAUUUCUUAAUUAAUAAAUCAUUUAAAUCUGA